UGGCAAGGGUGGUGGCAAACUUAUGAGGCGCUCUCUGUGCUUAGUCGAGAUUAGGCUGAAGUGGACCAGAGACAACAUUCAUCCCGUCGCGAACGAGGACGUGGAGUUACUCAUCAUUCAGGUGUGGAGAACAGCGGUGGAAGGAGAUUUAUUGGGAUUCGUCUUCGAAUCAUUGGAGGCGGGACAUCGACAGCUGAUCGUCAGGGAAAUCUUGAUCCUCUUGACGCAGCUGCUGGACGAUUUGCCGAUCGACAUCGUCUUGCACUGCGAUGAGAACCCGGCGCCGCGUAUUCUUCCGCGCACUUUGACACCGUAUCUACAGUGGUCGGCAUGCUUGGAGGGUGGUGAGGACAACUAUAGUUACCCAUCACACGGUAACUACCUGAACCCCACGGGGAUAGUUGACCUUCUCUUCGUGGAUCGAACGUCGGAAGAAGAAAAAGAAGAAGAGGACGAAGAAGAGGAGGAGGGUGACGAAUCGGAAGACACCCCCGAAGAGGACGAAUAUUACAGCGAGCACAGUGAGUAUGAGUCGGGGGCAAUAAGUGAAGAGGAGGAGGAGGAAAGCGAGGAAGAAGAGGCGGGACAGGUGAGAACACAGGAAGAGGACCCUGCUGCAACCGAGCGACGCCGGGCAGAAAUCGCAAAGGGAAAGCGGACAUCGGAACAGGCGGCGGGGACUGAUUUGCCGAUCCCGGACGAUCCGACCAGAGAUCCGGAGCCGCCAACAGAGGAAGAUGAGUGUUGUGCCGCAGAAACUUCGAGCGCGCCGACACGGAGGCAGCGAAGCCGAUCCCCCUCCCCCUCCCCCCAUCCCUCAGUUUGAGCACGUGCCGAUGCGGAGCAUCGGGCUACGUCCCCGGUCAUUAUCCCGU